AUCGGGUCCGGCAUCCCAGCCCGCCCCUCCACACACGCUGCGGCCGGCCAGCGGAGCCCCAGCUCCCUCCUUCCCUCUCCUCAGCUGCCUUUUGUAAUGUUUUAAUGGGGUUUCUUCCCUGGGUUGUACUGAUUUAAUUACAAAGCUGCAGUGAGUUGAUGCCUUGUGACGGUCUAAUCCCAACCCGGUGACUCUACAAAGCUUUCGCUCAGCUUUCUUCUUGCUCCACUCUGGCCUCGCUGCCUGCGUGUCCAUCUCUGCCCCGUGCGCUGACCUGCUGUGGACAGUUCAGGUUUUCCUUUCCUUGUGUCUUGUGGCUGACGAAGGACAGAGGACAACAUGUCUGCGGUUACGGGCACGUUUCGCAUCGUCUCAGAGGAGGAGCAGGCCCUGCGCACCAAGCUGGAGCGCCUGACAACCAAGGACCAUGGCCCUGUUUUCGGGAGAUGUGAGAAGAUCCCCCCGCACACCCUGCAGAAGGUGAGGGUGGCCACAGGGAGUGGGGAGGCGAAGGAUGAGCUGAACGAGACAGAGGAGCAGAGGGAGGUGGCAGUGAAGGCGCUGCGGGAGCUGGUGCAGGAGCGGGCAGGCAGCGAGGAGGUGUGCAAGGCGGUGGCCGAGAAGGUGCAGGGGAAGGACGACUCCUUCUUCCUCCGCUUCAUCCGCGCUCGCAAGUUUGAUGUCCACAGGGCCUAUGACCUGCUGAAAGGCUACGUAAACUUCCGCCAGCAGUAUCCUGAGCUUUUCGACAACCUGACCCCUGAGGCCGUGCGCAGCACCAUUGAAGCUGGCUACCCCGGCAUCCUGGCCAGCAGAGACAAGCACGGCCGGGUAGUGAUGCUCUUCAACAUCGAGAACUGGGAUUAUGAGGAGAUCACCUUCGAUGAGAUCCUUCGUGCCUAUUGUGUUAUCUUGGAAAAGCUGCUGGAAAAUGAGGAGACUCAGAUCAAUGGGUUCUGCAUCAUUGAGAAUUUCAAAGGCUUUACCAUGCAGCAGGCAUCAGGGAUCAAACCCUCUGAGCUCAAGAAGAUGGUGGACAUGCUGCAGGACUCUUUCCCAGCGCGAUUCAAGGCUGUCCACUUCAUCCACCAGCCUUGGUACUUCACCACCACCUACAAUGUGGUCAAACCAUUCCUGAAGAGCAAACUGCUGGAGAGGGUCUUUGUGCACGGGGAGGAGCUGGAGUCCUUCUACCAGGAGAUUGACGCUGACAUCUUGCCAGCAGACUUUGGUGGCAACCUGCCCAAGUACGAUGGCAAAGCAACCGCAGAGAAGCUCUUUGGGCCCCGCAUCGAGGCUGAAGACACGGCUCUCUAAACUGGGGUCUGCACCCUCUUCCCUGUAAAAUAGGAUCAGAGGUGGCUCCCUAACCUUAACCACCUCCAUACAGUAGCUUUGGUUGAAUGACUGCUCGUGAUGAGGCCCUCUGGGCGUGUUACUCCGCGCCUGUCCCUCCCUUCCCCAAACCUGGCAGCGGGCUGCCUGGCAGCUCUGUUCCUCCUGGGCAGAGCAUCCUUCCCUCGGGAGCCAGCAGAGAAAGGAUAUCACCAGCCCUCUCCCACAUCAUGCCCUGGAACUGCGGUGGGAGGACUGGAGAGCAUCUGCUCUGGGAAGGGAGGGCUACAGGAGGGAGAAAUAAAGUGUUUAACAGCAGAGCUCCAAGGUCCCUUGUGGCAUGUGGCAAGGAACAGGGGUGCAGGUUUUUGGGCACAGGUGCUGGCUGUGCUGCUGUUUUUAAGGAAGCCAGGAGUGUCAGUGCUUGGCAGGAGACCCCUGUUCCCCCAUCACUGACUGCCCUUUGAGACAGGAACCAAGGAACCACCGGUCUCCAUCCUCCAUGCAUCCCAGAAUGAGCCCCAGCCGUGCCCGAGCGAGGACCCUGAAUUGUCAGUCUUCUGCUCUACCCAGAAAAGAGGAAACAGCCCAGAAGAUGCACACAAGAACCUGAACAGGAGUCCAGGCAGAGCUGUCUCUGUCUAAUUCCUGCUCAGCCAGGUGGACAAGGAGGAGGAACAGAGAUUGCAGCAGCCACUAAGUAGGAGAUGGAUUUUAGCUGCAGGACAGUGAAAGACAAGCAGAAUACACUGUCAUAAAUCCUUUAAAAGCCUCAGCACAGUUGUUUCUCCUAGCACCACACUGUGAGAGUGUGCUUAGUCAGGAAAGCCCCACCAAAAGCCAUAAUAGACAUUAGAAGAGGGUCCUUGCCCAGCAAAGGAGCUGCUCUGGAUGCUAAUGCUAAUUUGCCCUUGCUAAUGUGGAGUCAGCAGGACCAGGGUGGGGAGGAAGGAGGCAGAAGUAACUGUCCCAGAGAAGGCAAUCUGUUCUGGUUCAUGAGCCAGGCGCCUCCUCCAAGAAGCUGAUCAGAUACUCAUUUCCAGACUGUCUUCUCCUCCCUUGGUGAGUAGUAGGGCUUGGAGAGGAGCAAGACACUGGUCUCUGCCCAGGUUACCUUCUCCAUAAAGCUGGUCCCCCAUAGCGCCCCAUCUCCCCUCCCUCCCAGCUCUGCAGCUACACACGGGAGCCUUUCAUCAGCCAAGCAGAGGACCAGACCCCCCCGUCCCCGAAGCCAGCUGAGGUGGAGGGUGCUGACAAGAGCCGCGUUCAUCAGGGCACUGGCCCAGGCUCAAACCAAACAGGAUGUCGGCUGUGAAGCUGUGGGGAGGAUGGGGUCUGUCUGGGCAGAGGCUACUGGGGUAAAAUCUGUUUUCCCUGGCCUCAGCAGCACAGCUGGUCCAUGCAUGGCAAGUCCCAGGCCUGAGGCUGUGCCAGCCUUGUGCAAGAGCCCAGAGGGAGAGCAAAAGGCAUCUCUGCUGUGUUUGGCUCCUCACUAUACAGUGCUCUUCAUGGGGCUGGGAAGCAUCUGGAGCUGUCCCAAGGAAACCAUGUGCAACAACCCUACAACCAUCAGGCCAGUGCAAACAUAACAGCGCAGCUUGCUUGGGAGACAGAGCAAUUGCAGCUGACUUAUAAAAACAGAAUAAGACAAUCACAUACACACACCCCUAGUAUGCACAGAUGGGAGCACCACAUUGCUGCCUCUUGGACUGGGACACUCACAGCUCUUGGGAGCUGCCAGUAGCUUGUUUUGAUGUUGAGAGGGAGAACAGCACAGCUGUCAGCACAGGGAGCAUGAUCCAUGCUGGCCUCAGCUUCCCCCCAGAGUGACUCUGACCAAGCAAAGAAGGAGUUUUGAAGUAGAUCUAACACCUAAAUUGCAACGACCAAUAAACA